CCUGCAGAGGGCGAGAGCCGAGAUGCAACAUCAUCACCAACGGUGGUAUAAAAUACAACAAAGAAAAAAGGAAGCAUACCUAACAAAACAGAAAGAAGAGAAGAAAAAACGAGAGUGAAAAAGAGGUCCGGGACAGAAAGGCAAACUAAAGAAAACCAAAGGCAAACGUCGGGCGGACAAGAUGGCCCAAAAAAAUGACAAAUAUUGGAAGCCUCGGGCGUUUGCUGACCAAAAUUGGUUGCUGCCUGUGGUGGGUUUCGGUGCCGGCAUGUUCGGCAAAGACAGCAUACGAUUCAAGGGACAUCGAGUUGGUGCGACCAGAGUCCUUCACGAAGAACUCACACGCCGGCAAAAGGGCGGAGAGCUACUGGUCGUCACGGUCGACGAAUUUCAGAACGUCAAUAGUAUGUCAUGGUUGUCAACAGGCCAACCUAACUCAUGCUCUUUCAGAUUUCCAUGCGGUUCUCGCUUGCCAAAAGUUGUGGAAUCGUAUGGAGUCGUGAUAUGAACGCAGCGAAAAAUAUUUUCAAAGUCGCCAACGAACUCAUCAAUAGUGGCGGACGAACUGCA